GCGGAAGGCGGAAGCGGCGGAGCCGGAGCCGGUGGCGGCGGGGGCGCGGCGGUUCCGGGGCGAUGGCGGCGGGCGGCAGUCUGAGCCGCUCCGAGCGCAAAGCGGCGGCGCGCGCCGAGAUCCUGCAGCAGGAGGAGCAGCGGGACCGCCGGAGACAGGUGUCCCGCAUCUGGAGGAAACCGCCGGCGGAGCGGAGCCCCGAGGAGUGCCAGGUGCUGAGCGAGAGCGAGGACAUCGUCCGGGAGCUGGAGCGGCGCCGCAAGCGGCGGGAGCGGCUGCGCCGCCGGCAGGAGGAGGUGUGUGAUGAACCAGAGGAGUUGAAGAGAAARGCAGCUGAGCUGGCAGCAGCUGUGCGGAGUGCCAGGCACCUCGUCAUCUACACGGGCGCUGGGAUCAGCACGGCAGCUUCGAUCCCAGACUACAGAGGCCCCAACGGCAUUUGGACACUGCUGCAGAAGGGCAGGAGCAUCAGGGCUGCAGACCUGAGUGAGGCAGAGCCYACGCUCACUCAUAUGAGCAUUGCCUGCCUGCACAAGCACAACCUGGUGCAGCAUGUGGUGUCUCAGAACUGUGAUGGGCUCCACCUGCGGAGCGGCUUACCCCGAGCUGCAAUCUCUGAGCUUCAUGGCAACAUGUACAUUGAGGUCUGCACUUCCUGCACACCCAACAGAGAGUAUGUGCGAGUGUUUGAUGUGACGGAGCGCACAGCCCUGCACAGGCAUCACACGGGCAGGAUGUGCCACAAGUGUGGGGCACAGUUGAGAGAUACAAUCGUCCACUUUGGGGAGAAGGGGACAUUGAGACAGCCCCUGAACUGGGAAGCAGCAACAGAAGCUGCAAGCAAAGCAGAUGUGAUUCUUUGUCUGGGUUCCAGCUUAAAGGUUUUGAAAAAAUACCCACGGCUCUGGUGCAUGAGCAAGCCCCCCCCGCGCCGGCCCAAGCUGUAUAUCGUAAACCUGCAGUGGACCCCGAAGGACGACCUGGCGGCCCUGAAGCUGCACGGGCGCUGCGAUGAUGUGAUGCGGCUGCUGAUGGCGGAGCUGGGGCUGGAAAUCCCGCGCUACGAGCGGGCGCGGGACCCCAUCUUCGCGCUGGCAGAGCCGCUGCGCCCCGGCGAGGAGGGCACGCACUCGCGGAAACCGGUGGAGCCGCCGCGGGAGCAGCCCCGGGAGGAGCCCCGGCCCCGGGAGGAGCCCCGGGAGCGGGAGGAGGAGCGAGAGGAGCCCCGGGAGGAGCCCCGGCAGCGGGAGGAGGCGGCGGCCGGGCGCUCGGGGGGGUGGUUCGGCCGCGGCUGCGCUAAGGGCUGCCGGCGCAGGAAGAGCCGCUGAGCGCGGGGCGGGGCGGGCCGGGCCGGUGACAGCGCGGCCAUGCUGCG